GAACCUCUGUGGUGAGCAGUGUUACGCUCGGAUUUCGUGGUGGUCGCAAGUGGUCCCACUUCAGCUGGUUUCGGCGAGUUUUUCGUUUGGUUGUGUGGCAUUCUGCGCUUGCCGUGAUGGUGCUGCUGAGGAAGUGCUGUUGCUGCUGCCUCGGCCUGCGAGCUGGCUCCCUGGCCAUCGGGAUCAUUUCUCUGCUGGGAAACGGCGCUUCCUCCUCCUGCCGUGGGUGUUCUUCACCUUCCUGAACAUGGUGAUGGCGUUCUCCGGCGGGAUCCUCGUCCUCAUCAACUCCCACGGCUACGCGGCCAACAUCAUCGUCGGCUUCAUCGUCUUGGCCAUCUCCAUGACGUGGAUCUACUUCUCGUGCGUCGUCUUCAGCUUCUUCCAGGCUCUCCAAGAUGGGGAAUAUUGGUGAUCGGGCGAUGGCAGCAGUGUGGGGAGGGAAGAGAGGGUGUUGUUGUUUUUUUUUUAGCAAAAGAUGGCGUUGGUCUUUUGUUUUUUCUUUCUUUCUUUUCGGGUCUUGUCUGAUUUUUUUUUAUUAUUAUUUGUAUGAAUCGU